UCUUGCACUUUCCACUUUCUCCGCCCCAGCCUUCUUCCAUCGCGAUGCCCCCAGGAUGCUGGUGGCACCGCUGCCACAGCGUUUCCUGUUGGCAGCACUGAGCAGGUUAGAGGAGCUGCGGUAGGCAGUGGCCAGGGCAGAAAUAGUUCCACGCGAUUUAUUCGAGCGUUGCCAGGCCCGCGGCUGGACCAGGGCCUCUGAUUCCUGGUGGAAACUGCGCGGGAGGAGCCCGGGUCCCCGCGGAGCCUAGGAGAUGACCCACUGCGCUGCAGGGAGCGCGGCCCGCGGGGCCCUGCGCGCGCGGCUGCUUGGCGGCCUGUGGGUCUGGGUCUGGGCGCUGUGCUGCCUGUGCGGCCUGGGCUCCGCGGGCUCCCUGGGAACCGAGGCCAGGACGCCGCGGCCGUGCGCCGCGCCGCAGCAGUGGGAGGGACGGCAGGUUCUCUACCUGCAGAGCACCGGCCACAACAGCCGCGCCCAGCUGUCCUACGAUGGCCUCAACCAGCGUGUAAGGGUGCUGGACGAGCGGAAGGCGCUGAUCCCCUGCAAGAGAUUAUUUGAAUAUAUUUUGCUCUAUAAAGAUGGAGUGAUGUUUCAGAUUGAACAAGCCACCAAACAGUGUUCAAAGAUCCCCCUGACAGAAACUUGGGAUCCUAUUGACAUUCCGCUGAACUCCACCUUUGAAGACCAGUACUCCAUUGGUGGCCCUCAGGAGCAGAUCAUGGUCCAAGAGUGGUCUGACAGAAAAUCAGCUAGAUCCUAUGAAACUUGGAUUGGCGUUUACACAGCCAAGGAUUGUUAUCCCGUCCAGGAGACCUUCAUCAAAAAUUACACUGUUCUCAUGUCCACGCGGUUUUUUGAUGUUCAACUAGGCAUCAAAGACCCCUCUGUGUUCAUUCCACCGAGCACUUGCCAGACAGCCCAACUGAAAAAGAUGAGUGAGGACUGCUCCUAGAGCACCUGUGGGUAGUGACAGGAACCCUGGCUGGAAACUAAUGAGAGCAGUUUGGAUGGGACUCUUCACUGGAGAUGAAUAAAAUUGCAGGAAGAUAAGCACCAAUGUGGAUUUCCCUAGGUCAUUUGAUUUUGGCUGCUGGGCUUCCUUUAUAGAGGAAACUGAGUGGAGAACAUGUGACCAUGUAAUCUGAUUUGAUGGCUGAUGGACAUUUAAGACAUCUUGAAACCAUCAGGCUUGGGUCUGUGCUUGCUGUGUGCCAUGUGUUAAGUACAUGUGGUGGCGUGUGAAGGAGUCAGAGGAGAUCAGAGGAACAAUUUGCCUGGGGAGGGACGAGUAUUUUAUUAUUGACAUUAAAAAUUGCAGGUGACAAUAAAAUGCAGAAUGAUUUGGGCCAGUUUUACUGAGAACUGUUAAGUUCCUUACAAGAAUUCCUCUUGUUUGACUGCCUCAGGACAGCAGCUGUUCCCAUGACCCCUACUCCUGCUGUUCACCACUGCAAAGUGACCCUUAGAAUUCCACCCAGACUUCAGUUUUAUGACAUGUCCCAAAGGGUUUACGUAUUCUACAGGGAAGUUAAAAGCUAUAAUAAUACAAAUAACUUCCCUAAAAGGGAAAUGGGAAUUUUAAACAGGAGACCUUAAGACUACCUUACUCUCUAUAUGUGAUGAGGAAUGAGCCCUGAAUGCUUCCUGUUUUAUAAGUAAGUUUUAUAAGCAAAAUUGUUGAUUUCUGUCCUAAACUUACAUACUUGCCAGGGAAAGGUAGCCUCUAAAACAGUCUGAACUGAGAUUCAGAAAAGUAGUAUGUCCCAAGGCAGGAUUAGAAUUCCUUGGGUCGACGGGCUUGUGCCUGGACUCUGGUUCACAAUCCACUACGUCUAUACGCCUUCUGCUCACCCUGCGCAGAUCAGCUUGCAGACGAUCUCUGCUAAUAGCUGCUCCCAUGACUGAACUAAUUGCACCUUUCAGCUUGAGCACACUUUCCUCAUGAUAUUCCUUAUCCUGGGUGAGGAACUCCUGCCCCUGAAAGCUACCUUUCAUUGUCUUGAUAAUAAACCUUUGAGUACGGGUACUGUGUUCUCUAUUGAUGUCUGUAGUACCAAGGAAGUGCCUGCCACAUACUCAGUACCCUCAACAGGUGCACAGUGAAGGACACUAGCCUCACAUGUCCUUAGUGUCCUCAUGCCUAAAGUGAGGUUGAGGUGUUUGCUAAUCACCAAGGAGACUUCCAGUAUACAAAGUAUUAUUCUAGGUCACCUUGUUACUGUGGAUCUUCUGGAUGUGCAUCAUCUUUAGCUAUCAAGAGAAAUAUAUGAUGACUUCAUUAUGCUGUAAACAAUCUAUAUUAUUGCUUAUCUGUAUGAAUAAACAUAUUUAAUAGCAUCUCA